AUGGGAGGUCCUCCUUUCCAAAAUAACAAUAAUAGUAAUAGUGAUGAUAAUAAAGGCAAUGGUCAAUCAACAGAUACAAACGAUUCCAUAUUGAUUUCCUCGGAUGAUUUUUCAAGAUCAAAUUUAGAGUCAAAUGAUUUAAUCAGCAACAAAGAUGGAGUCAUCUCUCCAGAGACAAUUGUCUUUGAAGAUAGAAACUAUGGAAUGACCUCACCUCUAGUAUCACCAAACUUAAAUGAAGGCAUUUCACAUACACCACAAUACACUAGAUAUUUAGAAAUUGUUGAAAAAGCAACUGGAUACAUUUCAAAGGCAUUGGAUUUGGUUGAACAUAGAACACCAGAGCAAAGAAAAGAAUGGGAGGAACACAACACUGAAUUCUAUACAAGAUUAUAUGAAAAGAGCAAUGGUGAGGAUAUGGAGGAAAUAAAGUCCAAUUUGUACCAAACUUGGGCUCAUGAGAUAGAAGAGAAGUUUGUAAAGUAUGCCGGCUUUGAGGGUUAUGAAAUCUUUAAAUAUUUAAGAAUGUCAUAUCAAGUAUUAUAUGAUUCCGAUAGAAAGAUUAAAGAAACAAAGAUUACACCAAAAGUUACUAUUAGACAUAAGGAGAAAUAUGAUUUCGAUGCACCAAGUUCAUCACCAGACCUACCAAAACCAAAAUCUAGAAAUAUAUCUGAUCGUUUAAAAUAUGCCGCUCAAAAGAUGACAAAGUUUUUGAAAACUAAAGGUCUGAUCGUAAAGAAAUUCCUUCGUAGAAAGUUCACUUUGAUCGACUUGAUCACUACCUACAAGAAAGAGUAUCUUCAAAACGAUAUUAGUGUUGGUAUUUCCUCGGGUACUAUGAUCAUUCCACAGUCUAUGGCCUAUGCUUUCUUGGCCGGUCUCCCACCCAUCCAAGGAUUGUACACCGCAUUCAUUCCGGCGGCGAUCUACUGUUUGUUUGGAUCGUCUAGACAUCUUGCAGUAGGACCACUCGCUCUCAUGUCGAUUAUGGUUGGUGCUGCCGUCCAGGGUCAAGAACCAAAGGAUAACGAUCAAUACAUUUCCUAUGCCAAUUUGCUUGCACUGAUGGUCGGUGUCAACUAUCUGCUCAUGGGAUUCCUACAGCUCGGUUAUCUUAUCAACUUUUUGUCACGUCCAGUUCUCAGUGGUUUCACAUCGGCUGCAGCCAUCAUCAUUAUUCUCAGUCAGGCGAAUUCCCUAUUUGGCAUUAAAGGUGAUAAUCAGCCGUAUGCCUGGAAGUAUUUCUAUGAGAUUGCUAAAGGUCUGCCCGAAACACAGUGGAUUGCCGUGGUCAUGGCAAUAGGUUGUUUCACGCUACUCUACGUAUUUAAGAAUUACUUUAAGACGAUACCUAAAACAACGAUUCCAGUUCCCGCACCACUCAUUCUUGUAGUGCUAGGUUUGAUCAUCUCCUUCUUUGCCGACUUUGAAGGUAGAGGAUUGGCACUUGUAAAAGAGAUUCCUUCAUCUCUUCCAUUCCCAUUUGGUUCUUGGCAAUCGAUUAGUUUCGACGUAGCACUUUCACUCUAUAAGGAAGCGCUUGUCAUUCCGGUGAUUGGUUUGAUCGAGACUGUCAGUGCAGCAAAGGCCGCCGCCAACAAAUGUAAAUAUGAUAUCAGUAUGGGUAAUGAGUUGACUGCUCUCGGUAUGGCAAAUCUAUUCAGUUGGGUGUUCCAAGGUUACCCUUGUGCAGGUGCAUUCGGUAGAACCUCGUUGCAUAUGUCAUCCGGUGCCAAAACACAAUUGACAACCAUCGUUUCCGUUGUGGUCGUCGGUCUCACCCUGUUGUUCUUGACACCAGUAUUCUACUACCUCCCGAAGGUAGUGUUGGCAGCAAUUGUUAUUUUCGCAGUCAGUCAACUCAUCGAUUUGGAAGAGGUACAGAAUCUCUGGAGAAUCAACAAAAUCGACAUGUUGUUGCUUCUCGUUGCUUUCUGGACAACUAUAGUGUUGGGAGUCCAACCAGGAAUUGCAGUUUCAGUUAUUCUCUCGUUGGUGUUGGUCAUUUACCAGAGUUCACGUCCCAACUGUUAUAUCGUUGGUCGUAUCCCAGGUACCACAACCUACAACGACAUUGACCUCUACCCAGAGGCGAUCACCGAGAACAAUGUCGUUGUCUUCCGUUUCGAUGCACCGAUCAUCUUUUGUAAUUCAUACUAUCUACGUAAGCAGCUCAAGAAGAUCUAUAAGAACGAAGACGAUACAAAGAAUGCCAACGUUUCAGCGAUUGUUUUAGAUUGUUCGUCGGUGACCAACAUCGAUUCCACCGGUGUCAAGUACCUCAAGGAAUUGAUUCGUGAGUUGGUCGACCUGAAGAUUCCCAUGUGUUUUGCCGAUGUAAGACCAAAUGUGGUGGAGUUACUCAAACUCUCUGGAGUCUACAGAGAUCUUGGUGGAGAUCAUUUCUUUGUCAAGGUUCACGAGGCAGUUGUCAUCGCACCGAAACUCACCAUCCGUCCCAUUGUCGAACCAAAGGCUGGAUUAAAAUUGAAUUGUUUCAAAAAACGUCCAGAUGGUGUUUAUACCGAACUUUAUUAA